AUGAGAGAAAAGUUUGGAGUGGUAAUUAGCGUAUGCAUUUUGCUAUGGGGUACUUGUUUGUGCAGCUUUGUAGUGAAGCAGAACUGCUUGAAAGUGACAUCGUUAUGGUCGAUCAAUGGAGAUUUCGAUUCCGUGAUCGGAAAUUUCGGGGUUCAUCGGCAUGGUGGAACCUUGAUCGGAACGGUUGUUUAUCCUAGACCAAACAAACGCGGAUGCAAGACCUUCGAUGAAUUCCACAUCUCAUUCGAAUCAAGGCAUGCAAGACUCCCCGUUGUUGUCCUUGUUGAUCGUGGAGAUUGCUUCUUCGCCUUGAAGGCAUGGUUUGCUCAGCGAGCUGGAGCUGCUGCUAUUCUUAUCGCCGAUGACAUAAACGAGCCCUUGAUUACCAUGGCUACCCCUGAAGACGGGCAAGCUCACGGGGAAUACGAGCAGGAUAUCACCAUUCCAUCAGUCUUCAUUAGUAAAUCACUAGGCGACCGCAUCAAAGAGGCACUUAAUAAUGGGGACAUCGUGGACGUAAAACUUGACUGGAGGGAGGAGUCCCUCCUACAUCCCAUUGAUCGAAUCGACUAUGAGUUUUGGAUGAAUAGCAACUACGAUUGCGGUCCAAAGUGCGACAGCCAGCUCGAAUUCAUCAAGAACUUCAAAGGAGCUGCUCGAAUACUCGAGCAGAAAGGGUACAUUCGUUUCACCCCCCACUACAUGACUUGGUAUUGCCCCGACGCUUUUGUUUUGAGAAAACGAUGUAGGUCACAAUGUAUCAAUCACGGUAGGUACUGUGCCCCGGGUCUCGGCCCAGGAUACAACGGUAAAGACGUGAUGAUUCAGAAUCUUCGCCAAGCUUGCCUGUUCAAAGUUGCUAAUGAAAGUGGAAAGCCAUGGCUUUGGUGGGAUUACAUUACGGAGUUUGCGAAUCACUGCCGAUCGGAAGAGAAGUAUACCAAAGAAUGUUCAGAUAAAGUUAUCCGAUCUCUUACUGGUAUCGAUCCCGAAAAAAUCGACAGUUGCAUGGGAGACACUGAGGCUGAUGUGGAGAACCCUGUUCUUGAAGCAGAACGAGAAGCACGGAUACGCAAAGGCUCCCAUGGAGAAAUAACUAUAAUGCCAACUCUUCUGAUAAACAACAGACAGUACAGAGGGAAGUUGGAGAAAGGAGCUGUUCUCAAGGCAAUUUGUGGAGGUUUUCAAGAGAGAGCAAAGCGAUCAUUUUGUUUAAGUGAAGCUUUACCAGAUAUACAAACUACUGGCCGGUCGCUGGAGCCGCUAUUAAAGGGUUUAGAAUCAUUUGUUUUUUCUAUAGAUGAUGAAGAAUUUGAUGCAGAGGCAGAUGGCUCCCAAGAUAUGGUGCUCAAUGGUGGAAGAAACAGCGGUGAACAGUAA